AUAACGUACACAAUCUUAUCAGACGCUGUGAUAAUCGCAAUACCACUCGUUUCUGUGUUUUUGCAGACAGUCGUACCUACAGAAUGAAACUCCGGAAUCUUCUGUUACGAGUGGCUUUCGGUGCGGCGUGCCUGCUCGUAUUCAACGAAUUUAUCGUCUAUUACCUGGUUCUGUUGGAGUGCCAAUGGCCGACGAAACCCUUAGCUGUGAAUGGACUGGAACCGGUAAAAGUAAUGCUACUAGCGGACACCCAUCUCCUCGGGCCCAUCCACGGGCAUUGGUUCGAUAGAUUGCGUCGCGAGUGGCAAAUGCAUCGGACGUUUCAAUCCGCUAUGACGCUGUUCCGACCGGAAGUGGUUUUCGUGCUGGGUGAUAUCUUCGAUGAGGGCAAUUGGGUUAAUCAGAAGGAUUUCGAUCUCUACGUGGAACGAUUUAGGAAGCUGUUCCACACCCCGGAGGGGACACAGCUGCACAGUAUAGUGGGUAAUCACGAUAUCGGAUUCCAUUAUGCGACCCAUCCGUACUUAGUACAUCGGUUCGGGAAAAAGUUCAAUAACACAGGGGUCAGCUUGGACAGCAUUCGGGGUGUUAAUUUUGUUUCGAUUAAUUCGAUCGCGAUGGAGGGUGACGGUUGUCAGUUGUGUGAAACGGCGGAAAAAGAACUGCGAUCCGUAUCGGCCGUUUUCAAAUGUGGUCGCGGGAUUGGUAAAUGUGAGAAUGUCCCCAAGCUGGAGGAAUACAGUCAGCCAAUUAUUCUGCAGCAUUUUCCGAUGCAUCGGGACUCGGAUAAGCUGUGCAAGGAACACGAUUCACCGGAAAUGGAGUUGUACCGCGAACGGUGGGAGGUUAUCUCGAAGGAAUCAACCGAUUUGAUAGGGGAACUGUUGAACCCAAGGUUGGCAUUUAGCGGACAUUCGCAUCACUUCUGCUAUAUGGCAAAGAAUCGGCUGGGAAUCGAGGAGUACACACUGCCCUCGUUUAGCUGGCGGAAUAAGAACAAUCCGAGUUUCAUUCUGGCGCAAAUUUCACUCUCGGAGCAUUCCAUCUCGCGGUGUCAAAUGCCCGUGGAAAGCACAAUCAUCAACAUUUAUUUGGUGGGUGCAAUCUUGCUAGUGCUGACGACUAUCCUUCGACUGGGUGGUGUUCUUAGUCACCUUCGAAUAUUCUCUCGUGGUCGGCGGGAGUAUAAGAAACUUAUUAAGUAAAGUGAGACAAGACUUCAUUUUUCUAGAUUCACUGAUUUCCUAGUUUUUCUUUUGGGAAACGUUAGUCAUCUAUAAUCGAUGGUAGUGAGCUAGGUUGUAUAUUUUAUUUUUUCUUAGUUUUGUUAGGAUGAAAGUUAAAUUGAAUAUGUACGGAUUGGGUUUGGCAUUUGGCAUGACAAAGUGUUACAACAGUAAUUGUCUUAAGUGAGUGAGAAUAAACUAAAAUCUGUGCCAUUAUC